ACUGUUACUUAUCGUUCCGUCUCAACAGAUCCGGAAAUGCUGAACCAGAUAGAGAAGACUCUUUACAGCGGUCAUGCAUCAUAUAAAGUAUCCAUGUCGACUGGAUUUCUUGAUAUAUGGGAAGCGGCUACACUGUCCAUCAAGAGGGAAGGAUACAGUAUAAAAUUUAGUGGGGCUAGUGGUGAUGUCAUCACGGAAAAGUUUUCUCCAAAUACAGUUGUUUCAAUUCCAUUUGGAAAUCCUUCUGGGUUUAUAAUAAUUGGUAACAAUUUUGAGCAUCAGUUGCGAGUGGACAACAAUCCUGCUGAUUUUACCUGUUUGAGAGAUACCAUUGUGCUAACCUUGAGAUUAUUCAUUCUAAGGGCUGGCGAGAGAAGGAAAGGAAGAAAGAGAGUUUUGUUCUUUCACAAGUAAAGAAGAAUAGUAAAUGCAAAGUUUUCCAUUGCCGUUUUUUCUUACCUUUCUCUAUUUUAUGUCAGUUUUGUUGAAUUAGCUCUUUUCUCAAAGACUUCUAUUUAUGAGAAAUGUAUAUGAUGAGUAAAAUGAGAAUGAAACAGUGCCUUCCUCUCGUUACGCCACUUUAGCCUUCAGCUUCACUUUUUGUUUAUGCUCUGAAUAAUAUAUAUGAUGCUCUUCGAAAA